UGGUGCGCGGCUGAGCUCACUAGAUUCCGCACCAGUCAGUGCUACAAAAGAAAAAUUCGAAGCAGAAUUCAAGGUUGUAUUGUUCGACCUUAAUACCAGUUGAAGGGUUUUCUUUGCUUGCUCUUGAAGAUCUUAGAUUUCUUCAUCCUCCAUUUCCAGAAUGUUCAAGAAGUUUUCUACUGAAGAGGUGUCUGCACAAAAUCAAGUUAAGGCAUCUGUCCAGCGCAAAAUUCGGCAGAGUAUUGCAGAUGAGUACCCGGGACUCGAACAGGUGUUGGAAGAUUUGAUCCCAAAGAAAUCUCCUCUUAUUGUGGCUAAAUGUCAGAACCAUCUAAAUUUGGUAGUGGUAAACAACGUGCCACUAUUUUUCAACAUUCGUGAUGGACCAUAUAUGCCUACCCUAAGACUUCUUCAUCAAUAUCCAGACAUAAUGAAAAAGUUGCAAGUAGAUAGGGGUGCCAUAAGGUUUGUUCUCUCUGGUGCAAACAUAAUGUGUCCAGGUCUAACUUCUCCCGGUGGUGCUUUGGAUGAUGAAGUGGGUGCAGAAACUCCCGUGGCAAUAAUGGCAGAAGGAAAACAACAUGCUCUUGCAAUUGGCUUCACAAAAAUGUCAGCAAAAGAAAUAAGAGAUAUCAACAAGGGAAUCGGAGUUGACAACAUGCACUAUCUUAACGAUGGCCUUUGGAAGAUGGAACAUCUAGAUUGAAGAUACUGAAGACUAUCCGCGGUAACAUCAACAAGAAAUGAAGAACAUAUGUUAGUUUCAUCAAUGUGGUCUUGACUUUUCUGUUUUUCGGAGUGUUAGGUCUGAGCUUUACGAGUCAUGCGUAUACCCUAACCAUAUUUACUUGUUUUGUAUUUGUAUGUGGAGUGAUCAUCUUUAUCAAAUUCAUCGUAAGAUGGUCAUAUCCAUUUUGUUAUACAAUUUAGAGGUAUUUUUCUUAUAUGAUGUAAGAGGUGAAUUCCCAACUCCCAAGCAUAUGUUCUUGACAUCUUCUCCAGUGAAGAACUACACGUCUUUGCGAAGAUAAAUGAACGAAAUUAUGAUUUCCUCU